AUGAAGUCUGCUGUCGUCGCCCUUGCCCUGGCCGGUGCGGCCGUUGCCCAGAACCUCUCUGGCGAGCCUGAGUGUGCUUCCUCCUGCCUGAUCUCCGCCAUCUCCAAAGCCGGCUGCGCCCCCAACGACGUCGCCUGCCAGUGCGGCCCGACCGAGAGUGCCAUCGCCUCCCUCGUCGCCCCCUGCCUCAUCAACAACUGCCACUCCGCCGCUGAGCUCAUCCAGGCCCAGAGCGCCGGCUACGCCCUGUGCGCGGAGUACAGCAAGACAGCCGGCGCUCCGGCCUCAGCCUCUGCCUCGGCCACCACUACGUCCGGCUCUACCUCGGCGACUGGUUCCUCCGGCUCGGCUGCUGCCACCACCUCCACCACUUCCACCAAGUCAUCUUCCGGCUCCCUGGCCACUGUCACCACGUCCUCUUCCAAGACGACGUCGCGCGGCAUUGGCAGCAACGUCACCGUGACCACGGGCACCAAGACCGUCUCCAACGGCGGUGGUGGCGGCACGGGCCCGUCGACGUCGGCCUCGACCGCUGGUGCGGCGACGUUGGGUGCGGGUGUUUUGGCUGCUUUUGUUGGCCUGAUUGCUGCUCUGUAA